GCAAAGGUAAAUGGAGCGAUUCCCUUUCUGGAGUUGAAUGCACACAUCGAGUUUAGUCAGUAAAGUAUCCAAAAGACUCUCAAUAGUUUUACCCGAGCAGAUUUACAGUCCUCUCAGUUUCUGGAUUAACUACUGCAGUCACUUUCUCAGCUGAAUCAGUGCAGUAGUCAUGGAUAAUCAGGUCUUUGAGUCAAGCGCAGAACGGACAUUUCAGUACCAGAGGAGUCUUCCCCCUUUACCCGUGCCCGCGCUGCGCGACACCCUCAGCAAAUACUUGGAUGCAGUGAAACCUUUUGCAUCUGAGGAGGAGUUUGGAGCCACAGUGGCCAUUGUUAAGCGCUUUGAGGAGGGCAUUGGACAAGAGCUGCACCAGAAGCUUCUUCAGAGAGCCAAGAGCAAACGUAACUGGCUAGAGGAAUGGUGGCUGGACACAGCGUAUCUAGAGGUGCGCAUCCCCUCUCAGCUCAAUGUGAAUUUUGGGGGACCCACAGCUUACCUGGAGCACUGCUGGCCUCCACAAGAAGGGACACAGCUUGAGAGGACCAGUUUGGUUUUGUGGCUCACCUUCCAGUACUGGGAUCUUAUCCGCACGGAGAGGUUGGCUAUUCAUAAAGCAGGAACGAUACCCUUUGACAUGGAUCAGUUCCGCAUGCUCUUCUGCACCUGCAAAGUUCCUGGCAUCACUAAAGACACCAUCCUCAACUUCUUUAAAACAGAGAGUGAAGGACCCUGCCCGUCUCAUGUGAUAGUGAUGUGCCGUGGAAGGAUUUUCACAUUCGAUGCCCUCUGUGAUGGACGAAUCCUCACUCCUCCAGAGCUGCUGAGGCAGCUGACGUACAUUAAAAACUGCUGUGAUGGAGAGCCGGAGGGGGAUGGAGUGAGUGCGCUCACCACUGAGGAAAGAACACGCUGGGCAAAGGCUCGGGAAUAUCUGAUCUCCAUUGAUCCUGUGAAUAAGACCAUACUGGAGACCAUUCAGAGUGCUUUAUUUGUGGUCGGCCUGGAUGAUGCCAAACCUUAUGCCACACCAGACAACUACACACAGUUGACUGAUCUGGCGUUGACUGGUGACCCCACAAACCGCUGGGGAGACAAAUCUUACAACCUCGUUUGCUACUCAAAUGGGAUCUUCAGCUCCAACUGUGAUCAUGCGCCAUAUGAUGCCAUGGUUUUGGUGUCGAAUGGAUACUACGUAGAUCAGAAACUGAAGGCCUGUGGUGGAGUGUGGAAGGGUUCGGAGGUUGUGCGUGAGAUGCCUGUGCCGGAGGAGCUGAUAUUCACUGUAGAUGAGCGAGUGAGGAGAGACAUCGCUCUGGCUAAAGAACAGUACAACAAAAGUUGUCAGGACCUGCAGGUUGUCAGCUACGCCUUCACCUCGUUUGGAAAGACUGCCAUUAAGAAGAGAAAGCUUCACCCUGACACGUUUGUCCAGCUGGCUCUACAGUUAGCAUACUACAGACAACACGGACAGCCGGGCUGUUGUUACGAAACAGCCACCACUCGCCGCUUCUUCCACGGCCGCACAGAAACCAUGAGGCCCUGCACCGUGGAGGCUCAGCACUGGUGCAGAACCAUGAUGAACCCUGCGGCUACUACUGAAGAGAAAAGACACACUUUACAUGCAGCCGUCAACAAACACAACAAGUUGAUGGCAGAGGCUCAGGAUGGGAAAGGCAUUGACAGGCACCUGCUGGGUUUGUAUCUGAUUGCUAAAGAGAACAGCAUUCCUGUGCCGGAGCUCUAUGCGGAUCCGCUCUAUACUAAGAGUGGCGGAGGGGGUAAUUUUGUGCUUUCCACUAGUCUGGUGGGCUACACUACUGUUCUGGGAGCAGUUGCACCAAUGGUCCGCCAUGGAUAUGGAUUUUUCUACCGCAUUCGUGAUGACAGAAUUGUUGCAUCCUGCACUGCUUGGAAGUCCAAUCCUGAGACAGAUGCUGAAACCUUGUUUCAAAACCUCGCCACUUCAUUACAUGAAAUGAUGCACAUCACGACCCAGUCCCAACUGUAAAGCAGAGCAUUCUGGGAAAACAGUCAAAACCCAGUGGUUUAGUUCUGCUGUUGGACAGACGUAAAGUCUCAGACACAGGCAUCCCUGCAGACCAACAUGACAUCCUCACAGCUUCACUCAUGUGCACAAUUCAAAUAGGAGAUACUCAAUAAUUGUAGAGAAAUACUGUAGUUCACCAAAAAUGUUGUGUUGACUUCUUCUCAAGAGGUUCCUAACAUUUUGUGUUAAGCACAAAAGGAUAUAUUUUAAGUAAUGAGGAAAAUUAGCAGCUGUCGAGUUUCAUAUUAGAAAAUAUUAUGGUUAUCAAUGGUUUCCGGUUUCCAGCAUCCUUCAAUCUAUUUUCUUUUGUGUUCGACAGAACAGAGAAACUCAGUCAGUGUUGUCAAUAAUUACAGAGUUUUAAAGCUUAGUGAACUAUCCCUUUAAAUGAACACAGACAUUACAAUUCUGCCAUUUCUAAAAAGGAAAUCAAUGGUUACCAUUUUACAUUCUUCAGAAUAUCUUAUUUUGUGUUCAUCUAAAAAAACAACAAGUAAAGGGUAACAAAUAACAGAAUUUUCAAUUCUGGGGGAGCUGUCCCUUUAAGAUGCUUUGCAGGUGCUUUGAAACGGUCAUGUGCCUUCAGUUCAUCGUCUCUUAAUCACUUCAGUCAGGAAAUCCACUGUGACUUCUAACCUCCAUUUUCUACUACAUUAACAGUAUUGUUUUCUGUGAUAGUGUCCACUACCACAGGAUUCUCAGGCCUAGUGAGUCCACUAGAAACAUUAACACAAAACAGACUGAUCAUAAGAUGACCUUUAGUGACUGAUGGGUGGUAAAUCAGCUCUGAUGUGUGUAAACUGUACUGAUUUCACAGUUUUAAUGCAGAGAUCAAUGCAACAUAUAAUUAGUUUAUUUUCUUAAUUAGAAGAUGUAAAGGCUUUACACGUUCGAGCCUACUGUGUGUGUUUUGCAUCAAUAUGAUGUAAAUGAAUGGUUUUAUGUUGUGUGGAUGUACAUGAUUAAAUCAUGUGUUUGAUAGGUGUACAUGUAAUUUGCACUGCUUUCCUUGUUCAUGGGAAAUUUUUAUGCUUCAUUGUUAGAGUUUUUUUGCAAUCAUUCCACUUUUAUUAGCAAAUGUUGUUAAGCACGCAUGUAAAUUUGAAUGUGAAUUGCUCAGAGGUUUACAGAGAACACAGGUGGGCUGGAGACCGGCGUCUCUUGAAUAUGCAUUGAUUGUAAACAUUUUACAGUAGCAAACUGAAGUGAUUUCAGAUCUCAAAUCUAAUAAAGUCAUUUUGUGGAAAGCA